AUGGACCCCAGCAGCUCCAUACAGGAGACUCGCUGGUCCCUGCCCUCUGUGGUCAAAAUCUUCCUUGAACCCAACACACAAGCCCCAAAUGCUUCUCCGGCAAGGACACCUCCUCCUCAGGCUUCUCCAGCAAGGACACUUCCUCCUCAAGCUUCUCCAGCAAGGACAUCUUCAGCCCGGGCAUCUCCAGCUGGGGCUUCUCUUCCCCAGGCUUCUCCAGCAAGGACACCUCCUCCUCAGGCUUCUCCGGCAAGGACAUCUCCAGCCAGGGUAUCACCUUCCAGGUCAUCGUCGGGCAGGUCAUCAUCUGCCAGGUCAGCCUCCACGACAUCCUCCCCAACGAGAGUGUACCUUGUUAGAGCAACACCAGUGGGGGCUGUCCCCAUCCGGGCAUCUCCUGCCAGGUCAGCACCAGCCACCAGGGCCACCAGGGAGAGCCCAGGUCUCAGCGUGCCCAAGUUCUCCUGGCAGGAGACGCAGAGACAGCUGCCACUCAUCGGGUGUAUCAUCCUUCUCAUCAGCCUGGUGAUCUCACUCAUCCUUCUCUUCUACUUCUGGCGAGGCCACACGGGGAUCAAAUACAAAGAACCGACGGAGAGCUGCCCCAAACACGCAGUUCGCUGUGAUGGAGUGGUGGACUGCAAAAUGAAAAGUGAUGAGCUGGGCUGUGUCAGGUUUGACUGGGACAGGUCUCUGCUGAAGGUCUACUCUGGGUCCUCUGGUGAGUGGCUCCCUGUCUGCAGCAGCAGCUGGAAUGACAGCGACUCCAAGAGGACCUGCCAGCAGCUGGGCUUUGACGGUGCUUACCGAACAACCGAGGUGGCCCACAGGGACAUCACCAGCAGCUUUUUACUCUCUGAAUACAACUCCACCAUCCAGGAAAGCCUCCACAGGUCCGAAUGUCCUUCCCAGCGGUACGUCUCCCUGCAGUGUUCCCACUGUGGUCUGAGAGCUAUGUCUGGGAGGAUCGUGGGAGGGGCUCAGACCUCGGAGACCAAGUGGCCUUGGCAAGUCAGUCUACACUUUGGUUCCACCCACAUCUGCGGGGGCACACUCAUCGAUGCCCAGUGGGUGCUCACCGCGGCCCACUGCUUCUUUGUGACCCGGGAGAAGGUUCUGGAGGGUUGGAAGGUGUAUGCAGGCACCAGCAACCUGCACCAGCUCCCUGAGGCUGCCUCUAUCUCCCAGAUCAUCAUCAAUGGUAACUACACCGAUGAGCAGGAUGACUAUGACAUUGCCCUCAUGAGGCUUUCCAAGCCUUUGACCCUCUCAGCUCACAUCCACCCUGCCUGCCUCCCUAUGCACGGUCAGACCUUCGGCCUCAAUGAGACCUGCUGGAUCACUGGCUUUGGCAAAACCAAGGAGACAGACGAGAAGACAUCUGCCUUUCUCCGAGAGGUUCAGGUCAACCUCAUUGACUUCAAGAAGUGCAAUGACUACUCGGUCUAUGACAGUUACCUUACCCCAAGGAUGAUGUGUGCCGGGGAUCUUCGAGGAGGGAGGGACUCCUGCCAGGGAGACAGCGGAGGACCUCUUGUCUGUGAGCAGAACAACCGCUGGUACCUGGCAGGUGUCACAAGCUGGGGCACAGGCUGUGGCCAGAGGAACAAACCUGGUGUGUACACCAAAGUGACAGAAGUCCUCCCCUGGAUUUAUAGCAAGAUGGAGAGCGAGGUACGCUUCCGGAAAUCUUAACCUCACAUCACUGACUGCUAUGAAGAUCCUGGCUAAAGGGACUAGCCAUUCGCAGCAUCAGGACCAGUGGCCACCAGGCACCCUUGUUCCUACCGCCUCUGCUGUCUGCUGUCUCUGUGGGAGUGCAAAUGUGGUGUGUGUGUGUGUGUGUGUGUGUGUGUGUGUGUGUGUGUGUGUGUGUAUGUGUGUGUUACUAUUCUUUCAAGUUAUUCAGAAAACAGGAAAACUUGACUCCUCCCAGAAUCCCUGGCUGGAAAUCUGGAGUUAGGAGGAGUUUGGGCACCAGGUGUGUUCCUGAGAGUCUAUAAGUGGAAGGGGAGCUAAAUAAGAGCCCAGGGGGGCCUGGAAGAUGGCAGCAGCAGUUGUUGCUCUCCUGACUCGUAGACCAGCCCAGAUUGGACAGAAACCCAGCAGCCAGUGACACCUUUGCUGUGCUUAGACAGCAGCAAAUUUUGUCAGAGUUGGCUUCUCAGUGCCUGGACCAUCUGUCCGCGGUGGAAAGGCAUUCCCAUUGGCGUUGGAGUGGCAGGUCCUUUAAGCCACUGCUGUGGAUUCCAGAGCUGGGCUCUGCUGUGGCCAUCCAUCUCUGGGUGAUGACUGUGACUCAGGCUUGCUGUACUUUUGGUCACAAGCUGUUGGGAUGAUUUUAUUUUAUUUUUAUAUUUAAGAUAUAGGAACCGAUGUAGUUUUAAGGAGUCCCCCAAAAUCCUAGGGACCUUGGAGGUUUUGCGUGAACUCCAGGGCACUCAUGGGAGUUGUACCUCUGUAGCAUCUUGUGACAUAUUACUGGCUUCAUGAAAUGAGGUGAAGUACCUCAGUGAAAUCCUCAGGACAGACAUCUCCAAGAUGGUGUGGAGACUAGGGCCCUUUGAGAUACUCAGGGAAGAAAAUCCUCAUUUGGACUGACAGAUAAAUGCAAUUCAUGAUGCUCUAGCCUCCAAGAACUACAGCCAGACAGAAGAACUGAAGACGUGUGUACUACCUGGCUUAUCCUCCCAGGACCACUGGGAAAGUCUAGGCAAGCAUCAUCAGCAUCAUUUACACCCAAGGGCAGAGCUGGGACUAUGGAGUUUGUUCCUGGCUUCCUCCAUCUUUCAGUUUUGUACUGACUCAAGAGUCCAUGAAGAGAAAACAAGAACUGUCCCCAGAACUGUUUCAACAGCCCUUCUGGAAGGCCCAAGUUGUCCCUAGUCCUGGUCUUCCACCAGGCCUUUUCUCUUGGUCACCCAUUUCUCCUCAAUUCCACUCCCUUUACCUUCCUUGGCCCGAUCAGACCUCUUGUGAUACUGAGUCUCAGGGGCAAGUUCAAGGAGAUCAGACGAGCUCAGGACAGCUCAGAUAAGCUGGAGGUAGCCAGAGGGAUUGAGUGGCAUUAGACAGGGCUGGAACAUUAGAGAAUAUCUUCAGGGCUGGGAAGCGGGACAGCCUUCACGUCUGCAGAAGUUCCCAGCAAUGAGCUUCAAUAAUAAAAGUGU